GGAAACGAUCCCGCAAGGCAUGCACAUUUCCCACAGCUCGGUCUAGCUUAGAAAGGAACAAGAAACAUGUGGAGACGUCAAAAGUUUUGACACUGUUACCGCAUUCGGUCAGAAACCUCGCUGCGCGUUGCGCCUGUUUUCCGCAAAUGCCUGGAGACCAGAGCGCCGCUGCAUCGCCGGGCCGGCAGUAUGGGCGCCCAGGGAGUCGAGGGACAAGCAUGAUGGCUUCUGUCUAUGGGGUUCCUGGGCCAAACAGCAGGCCCAACAGCCGAGGCGCUGCAAACGGGCGAGUAGGCGCUAACACGCAAUGUGAAUCGCACGGAGAUGAUGAAGGCCGCGACAAUGCACCACGGAGCACACGGACCAGCCAAACGUCCCUCGCCAACAGCAGCCGCGGCGACGCCCCUCCACGCACCAGCAAGGACGGCAGGCCCGCCUCUCGCCCCGCUGGACCCGCGGCCGCAUCGCCCUACCUGCAGCCGCCCGUGGGGCGGCCCUCCCCCGGGCCGCACCCGCGCCCCUCCAGCCGGCAGCAGCCCGCCCACACCUCGCCGCCGCAGCAACAGUACGGACACGCAGCGGGCCCGCAACAGCACCACGUCAGCAGUAGUGGCAGCAGCAACAACAGCGGAGGGGCCGGUGGCAGUGGCACAGGCACAGCCGCAGGUACAGGUACAGGGUCCGGGGUCCGCGGGGGCGGCGGCGGCUGCGUCCCUUUGGGUCGGACCAGCAGCGGCUCGGAGCGGACAUCCACCUCGGGCGUUGCAGCCGCCCCGGCUUCGACGUCGGCGACGGCGUCGGUGUCAACCUCAGUGAGCGGCGGCACGCGAUUGUUUCAGACGUACGGGAUGCAGCCGCCGGCGCCGCCCAUCCGUACGGGCGGGGGCCAACACGGCGGCGGGGGCGGCGGCGGAGGAGCGGGCGGCUUAGGGUCGGGCUCGGGAGGCGCUGCGUCCGCGGCGGCCGCGCAGGGGCAGCAGCAGGCGGGGCCGCGGGCGACGACGGCGCUUUCGGGCCCGCGCUCGGCGCAGCGCAGCCGGGCGGUGGAGGCCGAGGCGGCGACGGCGGCGGCCUUGGCACCGGGCCCCUCUCGGAGCUCCAGCGGAGCGGCGCCUCCACCAGGGUCGGCGAACGGGUCGCGCGGUGCCGCUCACCAACAGCAACAGCAACAGGGUGCGGCGCCGGUGGCUUCGGCCAGCGGCCUCCUCGCUGCCCAGCCAUACUCCCAGCCGCAGUCGCAGCAGCCUGCCACGCCAGGGCGCUCGCCCAAGCAGAGCGCAACAGGCGCGCUGCCGGCAGGGGCGCAGGCGGCAGUGCAGGCACAAACGACACACCACCAUCACCAGCAACAGCAUCAGCAACAGCAGCAAGGUUUCCAUGCACUGCACGCGGCGAUCGACAUCACCGCCAGCUUCGGCUACGACGACAUCCCAGAGGAGGAGGACGAGGGCUUUGCCUCGCCACCACUGCACGGCUCCGCCGCCGUCGCCGCCGCAGCCAACCCCUACAGCGGCCUCACGCUGGACCAGUAUAUGUCCCGCAUGAUCACCACGCCCGCCUCCGCCGCCGCCACCAGCGGCCUCGGCGUCAGCGCCGACGUUGCCCUGGGCGGCGGCGGCGGCGGUGGCGGCGGCGGCGGCACCAUCGACGACAGCGCCACCGGUGACGGGCUGGAGAGCGAGCCGUACUCGCCGGGCCACGGCAGCAACCUCACGGAUGUGGAGGAGGACUCCAUGAUGGGCGGGGUGCAGUCGCCGAGGGGCUCGGCAGCGGCGCCGCCGCCAGGUGGCGGCGGCGGUGGCGGCGCAGGGUUGAACGGGUGGGCAAGCGGCGGCGGCGCGGCGUUCAGCGGGCGGCCAAGCAGCCGCGCCGGGCAACCGCUGCAGUCGUCGACGGCGGUUGCAGCCGCGGCGGCGGCGGCGGCGGCGGACGGGCGGCGGCAGCUGCCGACCAGCUCCAGCGGCCGUCUGGCGGCCAACCCUAGCGGCGGCUCCGGCGGGCCGCCCUUGCUGCCCUCCACGUCAUCGGGCUCGGGGGCAGCAGCGGGGGCCGCGCUGUCGCCGUCGGCGGCCACACGGGGCAUGCCGCGCAUCGGCAGCGCCACGCGCGGCAGUGCUGCAGCUGCCGCCGCCUCCUCCCAGGCAGGGCCAGGCUCGGCCACCGGCGGCCCUCGCAGCAGCGGUGCCGGCGCCAGCGGCCGCAACAACACGGCGGGGCAGCUCUCCCCAGUGGUCGGCGGCGGCGGCGGCGGCGGCGGCCGCGGCUCGGCGGCGUCAGGCGCCGGCGGCGGCGCCUCGGGCCCCGCCGGCAGCGGCCGCGUGGCGACGGCCUCAGUGGUGGGGGCCGGCAUGUCGGACGCCGCGUUUGAGAGCCUGUUUGCGGGCGGGGGCGGCGCCUCUGGGGCCGGUGUUGCGAUGCGGCUUGGGGAGGUGAGCGGGCUGGCAGACAUGAGCAGCAGUGAAGACGGCGAGUCCGAGCGCGGCGGCGGCGGCGGCAGCGACGGAGAGGCGGACUCCCCUGGACUGAGCCCCUCAGUGGCCAUGCACGCGUCGGGGCACGCGCGGCGCAUGUCGUCUCGAGCCUCCGCCAUGGCCUUCUCCAACAGCCUAGACCUGCGGCCCGCCACCGCCGCGCCCGUCAGCUCGCCCUCCAUGACGGGGGGUAUGGGCGGCCUGGGCCGGGGCGGCGACAUGGGGCUGGGCGGCGGGCUGGGCGGCCGCGGCAUGAGUAUGGGCAUGGACAUGCACGGCGGCGGCCACCACGCCAUCAUCAAGCAGGUUGACCUGGGCGGGCUAUCGGCCUCGCUGUUCACGCCCAACCCCAACACCACCCGCGAUGGCGGCUCGCCCGCCUCCUCCUCCGUCGCCGCCGGCGGCCACAACGCCGGCAGCGACCCCUACGUCUUCAGCAACCCCUCCUCCCCCGACAUGGCCAACGUCGCGGCCAGCAGGUCGGAGCGGCGCGCCGCCGCCGUCGCGGCGGCGGCGGCAGUGGCAGCGGCGGCGACGGCAGGCGGCGGCGGCGGCGGCGGCGGCCUACCCAAGGCGCUGUCGUCGCCGCGCUCGCCCAUGGCAUCGAUACCGCCGCCCUGGGGCGUGAGCGCGCGAGAGGGCGCCUUCGGCGGUGGCACAGCUGGCGACGGUGGCGGCGGCGCCGGCAAUCUGCAGGCGCUGGCGGCGCGGCCGCUCAGCAGCAGGGGCAGACCCGCGGUGGCGGCCGCCGCCGCGGCGGCUGGGUCGCCGGCUGGCGGUGGCGGCGGCGGCGGCGGCGACGGCACCGCGGGUGCGGCAGGCGCGGGGCGGCCGGGCAGCAGCAGCAAAUGGGCCGCCAAGCCGCAGCCCCAAGCCAAGGCCGCCUCCUCGGGCGCGCUGGACGGCGGCGCGGUGGCGGACCUGCCUCUGGAGGCCCGGCUGCUGGCGGCGGAGGCGCAGGGCGUGGCGCGGCCGCCCACCCGCCAGGUGCAGUCGGCGCGGCCGCCGGGGCUGCGCGGCGAGAUGGAGCUGGACCCCUCGGUGUGGGCCGCCAACAUCGCCAUGCAGCUGCAGCGGCCGCCCAGCCGCCAGAAGCCGCCGCCCGAGGCGCUGCACCUGUGGGCGCCGGAGCAGCGCGGCAUGGGCAUGGGCGGCGGGCUGGGCGGCAGCGUGGGCAUGGGCGGAAUGCCGGGCAUGGGCGGCAUGGGCGGCGGGCGGUCCAAGGGCAUGCGGCCGCAGAGCGCCGCGCCCACCACCUACCGCAGCAGCCGGCCCACGUCCGGGCCCAGCGUCAAGGCGCAGGGCCCGCUGGGUGACGACAUGGCUGGCUCGGCGCGGCCGCCCUCCCGCCAGAAGCCGCCGCCGCUGUCCACGCUGUUGGAGCACGACGACUUCCCGCCGCCGCCGCCGCCUGGGUCGCGGCGGGAGAGGCAGCGGCCGGGCGCCGACACGCUGGACGUGGUGGUGUCGUGCACCGAGUCAGAGGACGACUCAGACCUGGAAGUCUGAGGGAGGGAACGACGGAGAGGGUUGGCGCGCUGGGUGGUUUCAUGGUGUAGUGGACAUGCCAGAAUCGUGUUUGCGUGGCUGUGGCUGUAGCAUGCACACAGGAGUGGCGUGCCUGUUUUCGUGGCAUAUGGAAAGCUUGUAGUGUGAUCAGCUAUCAGCACAUGCAGUCGGAGGCUGGUGCUGCCUUGCGCGGCAUAACUCAGCAUGUAUGGUGCCCAGGGGAUGCCGUGCAGUAGUCGACACGGGCGGGGCGAUGCAUGUGUUGGUAUACCUCGAGGGGCAAGCCCUGAAAUGGGUGUAGGGCUCCGCGUGCGUGGCUGCAGGGUCUGCGAUGGGACAGUGUUAAGACAAAGGCAGGUUGGUGAAGUCUCGUAGGGUGCAGCUGAUUCCCAGAUACCAGUCGACGGCAAACAACUGCGUGACUGUAGGGUGUGGGUAGGCCGCCCUGGACUUCUGCGGAAUGGAAGCCGCGAAGGUCUCUAUAAGGGCUGUCGCGGUAGUUGAUGAGUAUUGAGCAGGCGAUCGUGCCUGGCGAAUCGGAACCGGUGUACCGGGCACAGACAUUGGCCAGGAUGGGGUGUAGUGGCGAACAGCGAGGAUUAGUUCAACUGUAAACGACAUGACAG